AUGGCGGUCACGAAACUCACCGCUCUUGACCAGGUCAUGCCGCAUAUAUAUACUCGAUUAAUACUUUGCUUUCCACUUGAUUCCGACACAGAAGCGUCCCAGGCUAUAACAUUCCUCCAGCGAGGCCUAGCCCUUACUGUCUUGGAAGUACCUAACCUGAAAGCCACGGUCGUUGCAGGUACACGCAAUGGCGAAGUCGCUAUAAAGCAGCAGGACGGCUCUCCAGGUACACCUUUGCUGCACAUCAAGUCUUUCCUGACUACAGGCACAAAGACCAUGAAAUCUUAUGAUGACUUGCGUUCCCUCGGCAUGCCGACAUCUGAACUUGAUGGAGAUUCUCUAGCCCCAUUGGGCCCAUUUCGAGACCCGCCUGCACCAGUUUUUGCCGCACAGGCAAACUUGAUCCAAGGUGGGCUUUUGUUGUGUGUAUGUUUCCAUCACUCGGUCUUAGAUGGCCCAGGCAUAGACAUCAUCUUGAGGCGGUGGAGUGAGAACUGUCAUGCAGUCCAGGAACCAGGGUCAUGUUUCGAACUUCUACCUGAACGCAAUACUGGUACUGCGGUCAUCGCUCAAGGAGGAAGGCAAAGUAUGACGUUGAAGAGCUUGAAUGGCUAUGAUGUCGUUACUACUACACCACCUUUGCCCAUUGGGAAAUCUGAGUUCCCGGAGAUGAUAUCGGCAAUCUUCAAGAUUGAGAUAGAGACCCUGCAGAAAUUGAAGGCGGAAGUCAACACCUUCCUGUCACAACAGAGCGAUCCAGGUCAAUGGGUAUCCUCGAAUGAUGUUCUGUGUGCCAUCCUCUGGCGCGCUGUAACCAACGCUCGACUUUCCUGCUCACCAGAAUCUGACAUGGCAAACCUCUCCCGCCUGGGCAUGGCCGUCGAUGGCCGCUCGAAAUUGAAUCCUGCAGUGACGGAGCCAUAUCUAGGCAACAUCAACAUCUGUGCGGCCGCAACAGCCGAGCUUAGUUCUCUCACAUCCACUUCCAUCGAGUCGCUCGUCCAAAUUGCCCUCGCUAUCCGUCAAUCCGUGACUAGCGUUAACGACGAGUUCAUUCGGCAUCUCAUUCACGUGGUCGAUGGUAUCCCUGAUCUUACUUUCAUUGCACCUUGCUUUAAGGUCUCUGGAAUGAACUUCGCAAUCACCACAUGGAGGGACAUGGGUAUCUGCGACCUGGACUGGGGCAUGGGCAUUGGUGGUGGGAAGGUUGAGUUCACAAGGGUGCCGACCCCGCUAUUCGAUGGGAUAUGCAUUGUUCUCCCGAAGAGAUCUCGUGAUGCGGCCUAUGAAGUCACCUUGGGCUUGAGAACAGAGUGUAUGGCAAGUUUGAAAGAAGAUGAGGAGUUUAGGCAGAUUGUGUCUUUCAAUUCUGCGUGA